AUGGAAUUUGCACGCUACCAUAAAGUGCCUUCUCCAUCCCCCUUAGCCACCAACGACAAUGGCGGCCCCCUGCCCUCGAGCAUCCUCAUUGUGGGCGCGGGCGUCUUCGGCCUGAGCACCGCCCUCUCCCUGGCCCGCAACCCGUCCGUCCCGAAAUCAACAACCAUCACCGUCCUCGACCGCUCCCCCCAGCCGGGCGUCUUCCCCAGCCGCGACGCCUCCUCCAUCGACACCUCGCGCAUCAUCCGCGCCGACUACGCCGACCCGGCCUACGCGGCCCUCGCCGCCGAGGCCCAGGAGGAGUGGCGCCGCCCGGGAGGGUGCGGCGCCGACGGCCGCUACAGCGAGUGCGGGCUCAUCAUCACCACCGAUGACGACCCCGCCACGAACCCCAAGAACUACGCCCGCUCCUCGUGGGACAACGUCCGCGCCCUCGCCGCCGCCGACCCGGCCCUCCGCGGCAAGAUCCAGGAGCUGCCCGACCCGGCCGCCAUCGCCGCCGCCUACGGCACCGGCGGCGGCGGCAGCGGGCGGUGGGGGUACAUCAACCGCAACUCCGGGUGGGCCGACGCCGAGCGGUGCAUGGACUGGCUGCACGCGCAGGCCCGCGCCACGGGGCGCGUCACCUUCGUCAACGGCACCGCCGCGUCCCUCAUCUGCAGCACGUACAACAGGCGCACGCCCGAGGUCCGCGGCGUGAGGCUCGCCGACGGCUCCGAGCUGCAGGCGGGCCUGACGGUCCUCGCGGCGGGCGCGUGGACCCCCUCCCUCGUGGACCUGGGCGGGCGCGCCGUGGCGACGGGCCAGGUGGUCGCGUACGUCGACCUCACGCCGUCCGAGCAGGCGUCCCUCGAGGGCAUCCCGACGCUGCUGAACCUGAGCACGGGGUACUUCAUCAUCACGCCCGCCGGCGGGACGCUCAAGGUGGCGCGGCACUCGUACGGGUACCUGAACCCGACCCCGACCCCUGCGUCGGCGGGGGGCAUGAUGUCCGCCCCGUCGACCCACCUCACCAGCCCGCCGACGACCUCGAUCCCCGAGUCCGACAGGGCCGCCCUCCGCGCCGCCAUGUGCGAGCUGGUCCCCUCCCUCCCGGCGCUGCGCACGCGGCCCUUCCGCGAGACGCGCCUCUGCUGGUACACCGACACGGUCGACGGCGAUUUCAUAAUCGACUACCACCCGGACUACCGCGGCCUGUUCCUGGCCACCGGCGGCAGCGGCCACGGGUUCAAGUUCCUCCCCGUGAUCGGGGACCGCAUCGCGCAGACCAUGCUGGGCGACUGCCCCGCGGCGUUCCGGGGCAAGUGGGCGUUCCGCAAGGACGGGUCGGAGCGCGCGGCCAGCUGGGACAAGGUCGUCACCGCGGAUGGGAGCCGGGGCGGCGUGCCUGGGUUGGUCCUGGGCGAGGAGAUGGCGAGGAAGGGGCAGAGGGUGGAUCAGGGGACGAGGACGUCACGGCUUUGA